AUGGCGGGCCAUCAUACAAAUAAGUGUCCUACACUUGGAAGUGAACCGGAAGAUGUGAAUGCAAUGGGCGGAUAUCAAAGUCAACCAAGACCCAUGGGAUUUCAAAAUAAUUUCAACCCAAAUUGGAGGAAUAACCAAAACAUCCCUUAUCCACCAAAGCAAAAUCCACCAAAUCUUUUGAUGAGACCCCAACAUCCACAAUACCAAUCCAAAAAACCUCCAUAUCCAAAAAAUUCUUAUAACCCUCCAAAUUACCAACAACCUCCACAACAAGGCAAAUCAAAUGCACAAAUUGGAGACUUGGCAACCGCUCUCAACAAGAUAGAACAAAGGGGUAGACUUCCAUCUCAAACCGAGAAGAACCCCAAUGUAAGUGCAAUAACUUUGAGAAGUGGAAAAACACUUGGAGAAAGCAACCCUAAAAGAGUUUCAAGAGAAGAAGAAAAUGAGGUUAUUGUUGUUGAGCCUUCGAAGGUUGAAGCUACUCCAAAGGAACCGGUUGUGCCAAACGUUGAUCAACCUGACUCUUCCAACAAACCCAUCAAACCAUUGGUCAUACCACCACCCUUCCCUUCCCGGUUAGCCUUUUCCAAGAAGAUAGAAGAAGAAAAUGAAUUAUUUGAAACUUUCCGCAAGGUCCAAAUCAACAUUCAACUAUUGAAUGCUAUUAAGCAAAUUCCAAGUUAUGCAGAAUUUCUCAAGGAUUUAUGCAUCAAGAAGAGGAAAUUCAAGGCAAAUGAAAAGAUUCAAGUCAAUGCAAAUGUGUCUACAGUUAUCCAAAAGAAGUUACCUCCCAAAUGCAAGCAUCUGGGAAUAUUUGUUAUCCCUUGUACCAUUGGUGAUUUGCAUGUCGAAAGUGCCAUGUUAGAUCUUGGAGCCUCGAUCAAUGUGAUGCCAUAUUCAGGUUUUUAA